UGUGUGAUUUGAGAUCCCAAGGUUUUCAAUUUUCAUUUGACGUCAGUCGUCAAAUCGUCAAUCAAAGGGAAGGAAUAUAACCAUUACCUUUCAUCAAUAAUAUUGUCAAACCCCGGGAAAUCGCACAAAUAAACAAGCGCCGUUUAGUUUUGCUUUUGCAUAACGGUAACGUUAGUAGUCAAAACAUAAUUAAUUAAUUGUGCUCAUUUUGAUAAAAAAACUAAUAGUGAAGUGCGAACUGGUUGGUGGUUGCUAUACUGUAUACAUUAUAUUUACGUACUGUGAGUGAUCUAUCAGCCGGUAGCUGAACAGACAGAGGCGGAGAUGGCGUUGCUGCACGUCACCUCGUUCUGCUGGUGCAUGGGGCUGGAGGUCGGCGCCAAGUUCAUCGGCGUUAUGCAUCUGGCGGUGUCGCUGGUGAUGAUGAUCGUGUGCUCGAUAUUCGCGGAGGAGGCGCGCUCGUACGUGGGCACGGCGGAGGACGCCGGCGACGGUCUGUACUCGGCGUGGUACCGCAUCGCCGUCGGAGUCGCCGUGCUCUCCGUCAUGCACGUCUUGCUUGCCUUGCUACUGCUCUUCUCCGUGUUGAAGCGUCUGUCGAGCGGGCUGCUGGUGUGGGUGUACAUCAUGCUGCUGCUGUCGGCGGCGGCGCUGCUGUACGCGGUGGUGAUGGCGGCGCUGCACGGCGUGUCCGGCUCCGGCUCCGAGAUCUUCCUCUCGUUCUUAGAAGCUGUGCUGUUCUUUGGUGUGGUGGGAUACUGUGUCCUCUGCGUGUACAGCUACUACCUGCUGCUGAAGAGCUCCGAGGAUAUGGAGGGACCCAACAAGACAGACUACUGAACGCAAUGUCCGGCUCGAAGGACCACGGGGCGGAUAAUGGUUGAUUUACCAGUACCGGCCCUGCAUUAAGAAACGGGAUGUGUAUGGAUUUCUAAUGUUACAAUACUAAAGGAUAAUAUUUGUCGAAUUACUUUUGGGGUAGUAGACACACUACACAAUAUAUUAUCUAUCUAUUUAUAAUAAUGGAUAGGUAUACUAUAAGGGGAGUAAAAGUAACAGCAUUUACCUGGUCCUUCUCAAAUUUAAAUUACUUAAUGUUUUGGGUUCUUUAAUUUUAUUUUUGACUGCCUGUUUUGGGGUCAGGGUUGUCUUUUUAAAACGUUACCUAAACUUUUGACGUACUGAGAUGUGAAUAUUGCAUUUCUAUUUUGCACUGGGUGCACUUUUUAUAUAUUUACUUCAAUUUUGUGUUAAGUUUCUUAUUGUUAAUUUGAGCCAAAGGCUCUGAGGUUAAGUAUGGUUGAGAUAUAAAAUCUACUUCAGUUUACUAUAGGUGCGACUUCAAAAUGGAAGUUUAGAAAUUAUUAUUACAGAAGCGACCGUGUUUGAAGAGAUUCGCCUGAAACAUAUUCAAAUAUAUUUUUAACCAAUUUUAAGUGAAAGUUUGUUUUAUAUUCAAUUUUAACAUAUAUGAUGUAUGUACUGUGAGGAAUUAUCCAGUUAACAGGAAAGCAUAUUUGGAUAUGAAAAGUCAUAGGAACAAAAUUACUAUCUAGUCUUUUGUUAAUUCUUAAAAUAAGAAUCACUUGAAAAGUAAAGCGUCAGAAAUAAUAUCCAAGAAUUAUUAAGUCGAUCUAAUGUGUCAUAAAUGUUCAUAAUUAGUCAUUGAGCUUUAUUGUCUUAUAAGUUACGAAUAUUAACUUGAACAUUGCGAAAUAAGACCUAAAUAAUAGUUAUUUUGAAGCAAAGAAGAAUGUUCUUUAUGCUAUCUCGAGCCACAUUACGAGAGUCCUCAUUCUGCUAAUCUACUUAUAAUGGUUCUCGCGACGUCUGUGUACGUCACAUUAUAUACGUCUAACGUCUGCGUACGUCGUGUACGUUGCGUUACAUACGCAUUAAGGUGUUUUUCGGCUAUUUGAAUUCAAUAGUUAAAAACUGUCAAGAAGUAUGUCAAUAUUAUAGGUGGGUAAUAAUCUCGAAGAAUAAGUUAUUCUCUAUAUUCGUAGUGGUCUGGGUCCUGAUUCUAUGCUAGAGGCAAUUUUGACAGUACAUAAUGUAACGUCAACCAAACUUUUUAUUUAUUUAUCUCGACAUACAACUAUUUUAUAGAUAAUACCCAAUGCAAUAGCAUAGUACAAUAGUUACUAUAUUUUAUAAUUACUUACUAUUACAUAAGCGGCCGAUGUGAAUUUCGUCAAAGAUUUAGCAGCGGUGGUCGGUUGGUUGGUUAAAAAUAUAGUACAGUCCGCAUAAACAAAACUCAAGCAUUUAACGCAACGCAUCGCGUUCUUGGGAUUUGAUAUUGGCAUACAGAAUACCAUUCUAUGAUAAUUUCAUGACAAUAAAGGUAACACGGCCGCAUAAGUUUACAUUGUCAAAGUAUAAGUCUCUUGCGGCUUCGGGAAUCAGGGCUCUGUUGUCUAUGUAUGUUAUAGUUGCCUAGUUUAUACAGAUAUUGUAAUGACGUAUAUAGACGUAUGGAUUUUUUAUAUUUAUCGCUUUUCGUAUACAUCGUGUAGUGUAUGCGUUGCUUAUAUAUUUCUUAUUGACUCCAGACAAUAAAUAGUGACGUGCCUACUUUUCAUAAAUAUUGCCUAGACGUAUCAUGACGUCUUGAAUUUUGCAUGCCGUAAACUAUCUAACGUAUAUUUUCUUUAUAUAAUUUUAUUUUAUUUAUAUAAUUUUAAGUUGUGACUUACGCGUAUUUAUAUGAAUUUUUAGUAACAAAUAAUAAACUUGUUAGCUAUUUUGCUAUUUGAAAUAUUUCUAGUUCAUCAAUUAUAAAUGAUGUGAAAAUCACAAUAGUUACCUGUUCAUAUAAAACCCAUAUAAAUUUAAAUGCUUAAUGUUUGUGUAGGCUUUAUGAUUACUUAAAAGUAAGUGUUGCUUAUUUAGAAUUAAAUGUAGCAUCUAAACAAACGAACCUAUUAUAUAGCAUUUAUUAUUGUUACUUAAUGGUAGCAAGUUGGUGUGAAAGAAAUAUGCCUUUUGUAUACUACGAUAUCUUAUGACACGACGUGAUAAGACGUUUUCAUAGAAAGUCAUUUUCCGGUGACGUACAAAUACGUGUGACAAGAUUUUACUUAAAUAUUAUCUUAAAAAUAAAAAUAUUGUCUUAAAAUUUGAGGCGUAGAUUUUUUGAAAAAUAUAUUAAAUAUUUUAAUAGUUUUUUAUGUUUUUAUGAAAAAUUGGUUAUACACUUAUUUGUUAUGAUACUUCUGAUUAUUUCACGUGAUACAAUUUAUAAAAAUACGAAUUACUUGUCCGUGCCAAUGAGUGGUCUUUUCUCAGAACAUUUUGAAUGCCUUUUUAUAACGUGCCUAUAUUGAUAUACUAAUAAAAACGUAUGAAUUUUAUGUAGUUGAAGUCUCAAAAAUAAGUUAUUAUGCGAAACGUCUAAAUGGCAAAUAAAGUAAUAAAUCUUAAUUCAACUAUAGGUAAACCGCCAUUUUUAAUAAAUCCCAAUGGUAUUUUUUUUCGAUUUAUUUCAACAAUGGACCAAUUAGAUAUUUUUUUUGACAUGAUUACAAAUGAAUUAUUGUUAUUGGUUCAUUCUCGGAAUCGGAUUGAAGAUUGAGAUUGGGAUCGUGUAUUGAAAACGGCUGUUACUUGAUUGCGAGGUUAACUUAUCUCAGGGCAACAAGAACAAAGCAGGAUGUUGAUUAAAUACAUUGGGAUUGAAGUAAACUGUUUAGAAGUUUGGUGCAAUUACUUAUGAAUCUUCCCGCUAAUGACUUGACCAUAGAUAAUAGUGUACUUAAUGCAAGUGUUGCAAACAAUUUGUAAACAAUAAGGUACUAGUAUCUUAUGUGUAGUUAUCUAUACGUACACUGUUGGUUUUUGGAAUCAUUAUGAUAAUGUUUCCAGAAUUUUUGGAAUAACGCCUAAACUAUAGUCAGGGAAGGCAGUAACCAAAAAUAUGUAAACAAGUUGUCCCCUCAGUAUAAUAUAUUAGUCGAUUUUUCUUUCUCUAUUCUAGUUUAUGGUAUUUAUACUGAUGGAGCUAUAAUGAAACUGAUUUGUCGUGAUUGGCGCCGAGCCAGUGCUGUACCUAUAGGGGGGCCCUGUAUGUUUGUGGGAGGCUUCAGACUAGUGCGAUGUGUGUGCGCCCGCGCGAGUCGCUCGCCGCUGUGGCGCGAGAGGGACGGCUACAGCUCCACGGGUGUGUAUCAUUCUCACGGCUGACACUGUGAAGCUACACUCCAGCGGCGAGUGUAGGCAUUGUUGGGAAUCUAAUUAUAACUAAAAAUAGAUUUUUCGCUUUAUUUUUCUUUCUCUGAAUAUUAUGUAGCCUUUUAAAGAUUUAGAGAAGAAUGGGUCUAUUCAUAAUAAUUAUUAUAUUAGAAAAAUGAACCUCUUUUACAAAUAUGUACUUAGGUUGACACCUGCAAAACGAGCCUCGAGUGAGGGAGAUGAAACGACUGUGUGGUGAAAUACUUUUCUUUUUGCGGGUUUGUAGCGUCAUUCUCUACGACUUUAGGCCGCACGAUCGCUUUGUCUCUCUCACACAUUUCUCCAUCGGCAGCUCUACACAGUCCAAUAUUCAAAGACUACUGAAUACAUUUUACUUACAUUUUGGACUGACGUAUAUUUGAUACUUGUUCUCUGUCUCUCAGCCAGAGAGAUUAUAAUAAAAAUAUUUAUACUAUGAAAUAUAAUUAUAAUGAAAUGUAUACUAGUGAUUGUAAUUCAAUAUAUUGGCCACAUACGAUUUGCGAAUGAUUUAAAUAAUUUUGAAGCUGUUGAUUAAUUAUACAGGGUCAUUUUGAGAUCGUGUUACUAAAUGAAACCACAUACUUAUUUACUUAGAAAUAACACUACAAUAAGUUAUUUGAGCCGUACAUGUAAAAUAAAAAAAAGUGUAAGUUUCGAACAAAAUAAAUAUUAAUAAAAAGUAAUUUUCAAUAUUACGCGCCCUAAAGCCACUACUACUACUCUAAGAGAAUUGGUUGCAGCGGCAACAUUGUCUUUCAGGCAGAAAUACAUCCACGCACACGCCAUACUCUUAUUAAACUACAAAAUGAUCAGCAAAUCAGAAAACUAAAAUCAGGAUUUUUCGCGAAAACAUUAGUUAUUAAUGGCACAACGUCCGCAAAGGUGAAGACGAGAAUGUAGUUUCAUUUAGUAACGCUAUGACAAAAUGAUUAUAUAUUCUUGUAAGUGAAUUUAAAAUAAUUUGUCCAUAUAUAAAAGUCUUGCGUGUGAGUAUAUAUAACACUCAAACCCGAAACAAAUGUUAACAAAUUAUAAAUAUAACUAUUUUUUCUAAUUUUUCCUGUACAAAAGACCGUGAACCUGCCGAAAACUAUUUAUAAGCUAGUUCUAAAUGCGUAUUGUAUAUUUUGCGACGCUAUAUUAAAUGUGCUAAUUUUGGCUUUGUUGUGCCAAAA